AUGCCACAGGACGAUAUAUUCUGCAUCUGGGAAGCCUCCCAACCCUUGAGCGCCGAAGAGUUCCAAUCCUUCAUCGACGGCCCCGACGGCCCGGCGCCGGGCGUGUUCAUCAAUCGGGUGUUCCCGGUGAUUGAGGGUGGCAUCACGCCAUCGACCGCCUUCCCGGCCUCGGGGCUGAACGCAAUCAUGGCCAAGAUUGAGGCAUGCCCCACCCACCCCACGCCUCGCAGGAGCGGGCGCCAUUCGGAGCUGCUUCCGCUCAAACUGGACGAGAUGGUCUCCAAGGCCAAGGGCGCCUUCAACAAGGAGGCGUGA